UAAUGUAAUCCAUAGAGUAAAGAUUUGGGGUUUUUGGUAAUUCUCAUUUUUAAUUGUAUUGCAUGCUAUUUUAUUCUAAGGAUCAAUUAUAUUAACUUUGAAAGGUUUCCAAGAGCAACCAACACUAUUGACUUCUGUUUGAUGGCAACGCAUAAAACACAUUUAAGAGAAGCAUCUUGCUGUUUCGCUGCAUUUACAGAUUAGAAGAGAUAGAUAUUGAAGCAUAUUUUGACGACUUUUUUCACUUCAUAUAUAUAAUAUAUAUAAAUAAAAUGAAUUUCUACAUCCUUGCUACAGUACUGUGUUUGGUCAUUAUUCAAGAGGCCUCAUGCCACUUGCUGUGUCGUGAUGAUGCUGACUGUGAGAGUCUUGGCUCCACCCUUCUCUGCAUUAAAGGAGCCUGUGGUCAUGGUGUAUGUGGCUGCCAGAGAGGCUUUGCAGCACGGUUUGCAGGUUCUGAGCCAGACAGACUAAUGAAGUGUGUUGAGUUGAAAAAGAUUGGAGAAUCAUGUUCAACUGAUUUACUUGGAGCACAGGGGGUAUGUGGAAGUAUAGGAUCAAAAUGUGACCAUACAGAACAGAAAUGUAUGUGCUCAACCGGUGUACCAAUAUUUGGAGGUGAAGCUUGCUCAAGUGAAACAAAUCCAAUUACCCUACCAUCUUCGACUGCAGGAGAUGGACCAGGAACCUGUACUGGCUCUUCAGCAGAGAAUGAUUAUGACACAUUUGGUGGAGGCUAUACAUAUGGAAGCUAUGCUAUGGAUGGACUGUACUCAACAUGCGCUUGUCCUCAGGGCCAAAAAUCUGAAAUUACAAAUGCAUUCGGCAGUCAGUUCCUUGGGAAGAAAACGAUCAACUGUGUUCAGAUUAAACAUGGAGAUUUGUGCUUAAAUGAUGAUGACUGUCGUCUCAACUCUGGAAGUCAGAUGACAUGUAGCGCUAGUGGUGUAUGUGAAUGUGAAACAUCGGCACAUGUUCCUAAUUAUGAGAAGACUCAGUGUCGACCAGGAUUGUCUUUUAAUGCUAACUGUGAUGUUGGUGGUUCACAUUGCAACGGAGAUGAAGGUCUUAUGUGUAUGUAUGGCACUGAUUACUGUGACACUGACCCAGAUACAACUGUUACUCGGAAAUGCCUUUGUGGGCCACAGCACACAACAUCAGGCUCAACUUGCAACCCAAUUGGAGAUGGUGGUUCUUGUCAAGGGGAUCUCAACUGCAAAGGUUUCAGCAAAAACGGUAUCUGUGUGGACAAUACAUGCCAGAAUAGU